AUAAAAAAUUUAUUAUUUUGAGCAGUAGCCACAAGAAAAAGAACACGGACGUCUUGCAACCAAAUAAAUCUUAGCAGUCGGAAAGUUGCUGUCAUAAAGCCAAAGUGUGCGCCGUCUGAAAGAAACGACAAAUUCGUUAAUGACAUAAAUUCUUCUUCGUCAAAUGCGAAGGAAGGCAACUCUAAUAAGCGUCAAUCUCGCGUCAGGGAAAGACAGAUGGGUUUGAGCACUUCGCUACUGCCCAAAAAAAACGGCCGCCAGCAAAUCCAAAUCUGUGGCAAACGAAAAAGACGAAUUGAUUUGCAAUGAAAAUGCUAAGAAAGCAAAGUUUUUUUUGCAAACUGAAGCAGUGAACGACACUAUUCUUGCUCAAGCACCUUCUGGUUCGAAAUGUCAGAAGGAUCAACAAGAAAAGCAACGACAAUCAUCGGUACGUUCAACGUUAUCGACGGUGAACAUUGACUCGCAAACUCAUAAUGAAGGAGCGUUUGCUUUCAUGAGACAACAGUUGAGUUUCUUAAAAUCGGAACAAUUUGACUUUUUGUAUAACAACUGUAAAGUUCGAAACAUUGCGGACAUCAUGAAUUUAACCUUAAAUCAAUUGCAUGCGAUGGGCAUCUGCGAAUCGGAGUUAUCGCAGCUUACGCAGAUGUCGUUCAAAAUGAAAACAAGUAGUGAGAACGUUAAUGUCAAUAAUAAUGGAAUGAGUAUUUGUAAAAAUCGGAAUAAAUUGGAAUUAAUAAAAGCAGAUGACCAUCUGGUGCGUUCCAGUAAUGCUUACGAUGAUGGUAGUGAUUCACAAACAUUGUUCACUGAUGAAAAGAAAUGUGAAUCCUUUUAUAGGGGAAAUAUUAGUAUGCAGAAUUGCGAUAAACUCUGCCCCGGAAUGUCUGGAGCGUCGUUGACACCAGCAGAUGCUCUUCGUAUACUCUAUGAGGCUGCAAAGCGUACCAACCAAAUUGUCGAAAGUAUUAAAGAGAAUUUGCAAAAAUUAAAAACAACUAACAUAGAUCCAAAAGAGAAAGAAGCCCAGUUAUUAGAAGUGCAUAAUGAACUAAAACUGUGUGACGAGCAGGUAUUACGAAGCCAACAAGAAAUGAACAUAAUGGAGUUAAGUGAAACGUCUUAUAUUUGGAAAAAAAAUUUUAAAAAAACGGAAGCAGAAGCUGUAGGCGGCCACGAGAUGACGGCCACGCAAAAGAAACACUUAUUGAAAAGACAGCAACAAAAGAUCAUUAGCGAGGGUAGAGAGUUGCCUGGUAACUCAAAGCUGAAUUUAUUGGAAGACGUUUGCAAUGAAGUUCAGGUAGAGCCUGCAUUUGCAUAUGCGUCUGUAGAUGGCUGUGUAGAACAUUCAGAAGAAAUUGUUGAGCAAAGCGAGGGAGAAAAAAAGCAACAAAUUGACAUGAAGAAGGCAGGAAGAGGAUCGUCUGGUAAGUCAAAGACUAAUGUAAUAGAAGUUUUACGCCAAACUGCAAACGACAGUUCAGAGAAUUCAAGAGAAUCGAUGCGUACGGGGUGGAAAUAUAUCGAUGAGGUGCGAGAAUUAAAUGAAAACUACUUGCUUGAAAAUUUCAAAGCUGAGUUUUCGACCGAGGUUUUCGCGAAAGAUUUUAGGGAAGAAGGGAAUAAAGAGUUAACUGCAGUAGUAGUUAAACAUAAUAGAUCGUCGUCUUGUGAAAAGAUUACUUCUUCUGAUGAUAUCGCGGAGGAAGCUUCAAAUUCAAAGAAACUUGAUAAAAAAUCAACUAAAUUAUUGAAGAACCAUUGGUAAUGACAACCAUUCCAAUUCCGCAUCGUAUAAAAUUACCACAAGUGGAGAAUAUACAACAAAGUAAGCGCCUGGAAAGGAAUGAUAACAAUGAACGCG